GCUGCUGCUGUUGCGGCGCUUCACUUCCCGUGUUUACUUCCUUUUUAAAGCAGUUUUCGUGUCUUUGUCCCUCAGACAGAGACAGACAGUCGGUGCUGGAUGCUGGAGACACACGAUGAAGAGACAAGAGUCCCGUUAACCUCCUGAUUAUUGAUUGAGCAGAAGAGGUCACGCAUCAAGAUGGAUUACAAAUACAAAAAUGGAAUAGAAAUGCUCUUGGCUCACAUGAGUAUCGAGGACUUCAUCACUGCUGCAGAGACUCUGUAUAAGCUCGAGGAGGAGGAGGAGGAGGAGGAGGAGGAAGGAGGCUUAUCUUUUGUAGAGGAAGGUCUCUCGCAGGAGGAGAUGGAUGAGAAUGAGGAGGCAGGGGGGUCUGUGAGCUCGGCCUCUGAGUAUAAGGAUUCUUCUGAAGGAGCUGGUGGUGUGCGGUACGGGACAGUCACGGACCUCCUGUCCUUUGUCAACCUGCUGUCCAACAUGCAGACGGCAGCCCUGCAGCACCUGCCUCAGGAGAUGGGCGUCCUGUUGAGUAAGAAGGACAUGGCUGUAAAAAAAGGCCGCUACCAGAUCAACAUGGACGUGCUGCUGUUCCCAUGGAAACUGACCUACAAGAGUCGUGGGUCUGGCCUCGUGCCCAAGGGCUCGUUUGGGAAAGUCCACUUGGCUCAGGACACCACCACCAGGAAGAGAAUGGCAUGCAAACUGAUCCCCAUGGAGCACUUCAAAGCGGCUGAUGUAGAGUUCCAGGCUCGGUUCCGUCAUGAGAACAUUGCCGAGCUCUACGGCGCCCUCCUGUGGGACCAAAGCGUCCAUCUGUUCAUGGAGGCCGGAGAGGGCGGCUCUGUGCUGGAGAAGCUGGACAGCUGUGGACCCAUGAGGGAGUUCGAGAUCAUCUGGGUGACCAAGCAGGUCCUGCGCGGCCUGGAAUACUUGCACUCGCAUAACGUCAUCCACCACGACAUCAAACCCAGUAACAUCGUCCUGAUGUCAAACAAAGCAGUGCUGGUGGAUUUUGGCCUGACAGUGCAGAUGACGGAGGAUAUUUACAUUCCCAGAGACCUGAGAGGAACAGAGAUGUAUAUGAGUCCAGAGGUGGUUCUGUGUCGAGGUCAUGACACAAAGACAGACAUCUACAGCCUGGGCACCACCAUCAUUCACAUGCAGACUGGCAGCCCGCCCUGGGUCCGCAGAUACCCUCGCACCGCCUACCCGUCCUACCUCUACAUUAUACACAAGCAGGCACCACCUAUGGAGGACAUAGCAGAGGAGUGCACCCUGGCCAUGCGUUCCUUCCUGAUGCGAGCCCUGGAGAGGAACCCGGCUCUGCGGAGCACGGCGUCGGAGCUGCUGAAGGACGGGGCCAUCAACCCGUCCAGGGAAGAUCAGCCACGCUGCUGGAGCCUCGACUCAGCAAUGGAAGAAGCUAACCACAUCAUUUUACGCCAACAAAGUCAGCACCACGACACCACACAGGAAUUAUCUCUGUACUCCGAGGACUCUGGCCACAUGAGAAGAAAGGGCUCCUUGUACAUUGACCUGGGGGCUUUGUCAGGUUACUGUAAACUGGUGACGGGGCCUCCUGCUGCAGAAUAUGGCUAAUAUAAAUAUGACUGCAUAUGUCAUAUAUAUAUAUACAAGUGAUCAUUUACUUUCUGUCUGCUUUAUUAGUCUGACGCUGGCUCUUUAUUGUUCAGGAUUGACAGUAGUGGACAGCCGCAGGCGACACCGUUCACUGACAGAAUGAAAACGUUUACAAAGGUCAGGACAUCUUAUAGUUAAUGUUUGCAGUUCAGCCUGAAAUGGACAACACUGCUGGACAGAUGUUGAAUGAGAUCCAUUGUAAUUAAUAUAUAUAUAUAGUUUUGUUUUCUGUUCUCUAUCCUAUUCUCUCAGUAUUCACCAGUAUGAUAUGUAGUUCUUUUUGGACUUCCUCUUGUUUAUUCCUGUGGAAUAUCAACGACGUCAUCUUGCUAUGCAAAUAAGCUUCUACAGAAUGAAUGAUUUAAACUGUGUCUGUCAGUAUGCAAUAAAAUCAUUGUUUCAUUGUC